UAAAAAAUCAUUUUUCACUCCACCACAGUCUACAAUGACUUCGGCGGAAGAUUCGCCAAUGGGUGGAACUGACCCCCAAUCUACACAUCAGAUUCAAGUUAAAUUCACAACUAGACAUCCUGAAAUCGCUGUACCGACUGCGCCGAUUCUCGUCCCUGCAAAUCUAAAACGCUAUGGGCUGUCGCAGAUUAUCAAUCAUUUACUUGAUACCUCUACCGCCACGCCGUUUGAAUUCUUGAUUAAUGGCAGCUUUCUGAGAACCUCCAUUGAGAAAUAUCUUUCCGACAAUGGUCUUUCAUCAGAAUCAGUUCUCACCCUCGAGUACGUCCGCGCUAUCCUCCCACCAAAGUUCCAAGCAGCCUUCCAGCACGAUGAUUGGGUUUCUUCGGUUUCUGUCGAGGGGGAGAACAGACGAAUAUUAUCCGGCUCGUAUGACGGGAUUGUGAGAGUCUGGAAUGAGAGCGCGCAGUGUCUGUACACUGGUGUCGGCCACACCGACGCUGUCAAGACUACGAAAUGGAUGUCUGCUACGAAAAUAGUUUCCGCCGGUAUGGACCGGGGACUUAGGAUAUGGGAGGUUGAUGGGGAAUACAUUGGGGAGAUAUCUGAGGUUUCUGCUUUGGCAGAGUUUGUGGGUCAUAGAAGUACGGUGGAAAAAAUUAGCGUGGAUUCUAGCUCUGGCAGAGUACUGUCUGCCGGAAUGGAUUCGCUGGUUGGGCUUUGGACAACAAAUAUAUCCGAGGCCCCUAAAGCGCCAAAGGAAGCUCCGGUGCCGAAGGCAAAAAGGAGAAAGGAAUCCUCAGCAGGCCCACCCCGCUAUGGAUCUUUACGGAUGUUAGAAGGUCACACAUCCCCGGUCUCGGGCGUCGCUUUUGACCCUAAAGAUUCGACAGUCGGAUAUUCCGUCUCCUGGGACCACACCAUCCGCACUUGGGAUCUUGCCACGUGCUCUCUGGCCGAUUCAAGGACGACGCAACACCCGUUAUUAUCAGUCUGUGUGCUGCCCACCCUAUCCUUACUUGCUUGUGGAAGCUCUGCUCGUCACAUCACCCUACACGACCCAAGAGUUUCUGCUUCAACAGUUACUACCAGCACCUUACGUGGGCAUACGAAUGCUGUUGUCGCAUUGAGCCCCAACAAGAAUAGUGAAUGGCAGAUGGUUUCCGCAAGCCAUGAUGGAACACUGAGGAUUUGGGAUGUUCGAGCAACUGAGAGUGGGAGCAUAUGGACAAUAAAGAGGGAAGGGGAAGGACUUAGUGGGAAGGAAAAGGUUUUUGAUGUUGAAUGGAGCAGUUUGGGUAUUGUUAGUGGUGGAGAGGAUAAGAGGGUUCAAAUUGAUGAGUCGCCUAAAGGCGAAUAG